AUGGGAACCGACGGCCGAAGGUUUCUCCGAGGGACCUGGCUGCAUGUAUGUCGGGAACAGCAGUCCAACCAGAUUCAACAGAAUGUGCUGCAGGUCGAAAGUUACUGCCAACCAACCUUCAAACAUUACUUCGCUCGAUGUGGUGCUCCUAAUGGCGAAUACAGACUGUGUAGCAGAUACACAACCAUGUACCACAUGGCUUAUCGUAGGAGAUACGUCCCUCCUUCACCUGUCGUGGAGCGGUAUCAGUGCUGCCCCGGAUGGAGACUAGCUCAUAAAUAUGCAAAAGGAUGCACAGAAGCAAUCUGUACACAAGAAUGCCAAAAUGGCGGGCGAUGUUUGAGGCCGAAUGCUUGCGCAUGUCCGGCAGGCUGGACUGGUCAAUAUUGUGAAAUUGAUAUAAACGAGUGUGAAGGCACCACGCACGGUUGCCAGCAGCGAUGUGAGAACACGGAUGGGAGUUACGAGUGUAAAUGCCAGGUUGGGUUCACAUUAGCCGAGGACGGUAAAACCUGCACAGUUUGCCUAACCUGCACACCAGAAUUCGACUUCCUACUAGCACGGGUUAAUUUAUUAGAAAGGGAUGUCGCCCAACUACGGCAGAAUCAGUCCGCUCAUGUUGCCGCCCACCAGGCGCCCGCCGCUCGGCAACCUCAAAACAUCUACGCCCCACCCCCACCCAAUGAUCAGUAUAUAGCACAGAUGCACCGAGUGGAAUCCCUUAGUGAACAAAUAUCAAUGCUUGAAGAGAGAUUAGCAGAUUGUUCUUGUCGUAGACGCAACAAAGGUCUGAGAUAAGCAAGGAGUAUCUUUCAAGCUUCAUAUGCUGCUCUACACAUGUUAGUCACAAAACUUUUAAGGUUAUUAUCCUAUGCAAAUUGCCACGCCCUCUAUUAGCGCCUUCAUACCAGUCUGGACUUCAUGAAGCCACGUCUGCGCAGGUUUUUCUCUGUCCUACAACGUGUUGCAGCUAAAGUGGCGGAUAAAGGUUGGAUAGCCACGCCAGGACUCUGCGCGAGUCACGUUAUCACGGUAUCGAAUAGGGUGAAAUAUGUCAGGAGUAUGCGGUCACGCAGCGAUUUAAUUCUUACGAGUGGCUGUUUGAGAACCAAUGAGCUUUCUUUGGAGAAAUAAUCAUAUAAAUCUUUGGAAUCUUACAGAGAUGGUGCUUGUUUACAGCCGCAAUUGACUUUAUUGCAAAGGAUUUUAUAUAGCUUUGUUUCCUCCGUCUGAGAUGCCUGAAACCAUUGCUGUUUGAAUACGUGAGGGAAGUCCUUGUCCACCCCAUUUUGCGAACAGUCUAUUAACUAUAAUUAUGUGAGUUCAAUGGUACAUAUAUGUAUAUUGUACCAAAUAUCAUAGUAUGGGCAUUGUGAGAGAAUUAUCAAUGAUGUCUCAUGUGGUCUAAUUAUCAAAAUAAAACAACUUUUGAGCCACUAAUAGUAAUGAUGUUACAUGUUAAAAAAGAACAUUUUAAUUGUUUUGGGGUAUAGGGCAAUGCGGAGACAUAUGUGGUAACAAUUUUCAAAAAGGUAAUCAUGGACAGUAUAUUUGAUUUUCAUCGCAAAAUAUUGUUGCACAUAGAUGUCGACAGGCCUUUCGGGUCAUCAAAAGCCAGUUCGAUGAAUGUGUCACAGUGUUUGAUGACAUAAGUAAACUGGACUAUUUAACUUUGAUCCAAUUAAUGUUACAGUAUUUAAAUUUGAUUUACCCUUAAAGAUAAAGUUGAGUUCUGGUCAUGCUUGUAUGGAAUCGAUCGGGGAAAAGAUGAUCAUGUAGCAUAUAACUAUCGGUGUGUACUGCAAGGUUCUGGAGUCAUCAAAAUGAGAAGA